UCCUCUCAACACUGUGCUCAACUGGCUCAAUGAGUUUGAAAAGUGGCAAGAAGGCCUGAAGGAUGAGGAGAGUUUAGAGGUGACAGAGCUGGCCACAGUGAAGAGACCUCAGGAGAGAGCGUACGCUUUACAGCGCUGGCAGGAGGAUGGCGGCGUUAUGAUUAUAGGUUAUGAGAUGUACCGCAACCUCACGCAAGGACGAAACAUCAAGAGCAAGAAGCUGAAAGAAGUCUUUCAGAAAACUCUAGUUGAUCCAGGUCCAGAUUUUGUCAUCUGUGAUGAGGGUCACGUGCUGAAGAACGAAGCGUCUGCUGUCUCCAAAGCCAUGAACUCCAUCACGACUCGUCGGCGAGUGGUGCUGACAGGAACGCCACUGCAGAACAACCUGAUAGAGUAUCACUGUAUGGUGAACUUCAUCAAGGAGAAUCUGCUGGGAUCAGUGAAAGAGUUCAGAAACCGCUUCAUCAACCCCAUCCAGAACGGCCAGUGCGCAGACUCCACGCUCGUUGAUGUCCGAGUCAUGAAGAAGCGCGCACACAUCCUCUACGAGAUGCUGGCAGGAUGCGUCCAAAGAAGAGACUACACUGCCCUUACAAAAUUCCUGCCACCAAAACAUGAGUAUGUGUUAGCGGUACGGUUAUCACCCAUUCAGUGCAAGCUUUAUCGAUACUAUCUGGAUCACUUUACAGUAAACAUCUCUGGACUCAGCAGUGCAAAUAGUCAUAAUGCUGAACAAACAGAGACCAUGUGACCAGU